AACCGAACUUAUACUGAAUACAAGAUGAAAAUGUGGUUGCUGGUCAGUCAUCUUGUGAUAAUAUCUAUUACUACCUGUUUAGCAGAGUUUACAUGGUAUAGAAGAUAUGGUCAUGGAGUUUCUGAGGAAGACAAAGGAUUUGGACCAAUUUUUGAAGAGCAGCCAAUCAAUACCAUUUAUCCAGAGGAAUCACUGGAAGGAAAAGUCUCACUCAACUGUAGGGCACGAGCCAGCCCUUUCCCGGUUUACAAAUGGAGAAUGAAUAAUGGGGACGUUGAUCUCACAAGUGAUCGAUACAGUAUGGUAGGAGGAAACCUUGUUAUCAACAACCCUGACAAACAGAAAGAUGCUGGAAUCUACUACUGUUUAGCAUCUAAUAACUACGGGAUGGUCAGAAGCACUGAAGCAACCCUGAGCUUUGGAUAUCUUGAUCCUUUCCCACCUGAGGAACGUCCUGAGGUCAGAGUAAAAGAAGGGAAAGGAAUGGUGCUUCUCUGUGACCCUCCGUACCAUUUUCCAGAUGAUCUUAGCUAUCGCUGGCUUCUAAAUGAAUUUCCUGUAUUUAUCACAAUGGAUAAACGGCGAUUUGUGUCUCAGACAAAUGGCAAUCUCUACAUUGCAAAUGUUGAGGCUUCCGACAAAGGCAAUUAUUCCUGCUUUGUUUCCAGUCCUUCUAUUACAAAGAGCGUGUUCAGCAAAUUCAUCCCACUCAUUCCAAUACCUGAACGAACAACAAAACCAUAUCCUGCUGAUAUUGUAGUUCAGUUCAAGGAUGUAUAUGCAUUGAUGGGCCAAAAUGUGACCUUAGAAUGUUUUGCACUUGGAAAUCCUGUUCCGGAUAUCCGAUGGCGGAAGGUUCUAGAACCAAUGCCAAGCACUGCUGAGAUUAGCACCUCUGGGGCUGUUCUUAAGAUCUUCAAUAUUCAGCUAGAAGAUGAAGGCAUCUAUGAAUGUGAGGCUGAGAACAUUAGAGGAAAGGAUAAACAUCAAGCAAGAAUUUAUGUCCAAGCAUUCCCUGAGUGGGUAGAACACAUCAAUGACACAGAGGUGGACAUAGGCAGUGAUCUCUACUGGCCUUGUGUGGCCACAGGAAAGCCCAUCCCUACAAUCCGAUGGUUGAAAAAUGGAUAUGCGUAUCAUAAAGGGGAAUUAAGACUGUAUGAUGUGACUUUUGAAAAUGCCGGAAUGUAUCAGUGCAUAGCUGAAAACACAUAUGGAGCCAUUUAUGCAAAUGCUGAGUUGAAGAUCUUGGCGUUGGCUCCAACUUUUGAAAUGAAUCCUAUGAAGAAAAAGAUCCUGGCUGCUAAAGGUGGAAGGGUAAUAAUUGAAUGCAAACCUAAAGCUGCCCCGAAACCAAAGUUUUCAUGGAGUAAAGGGACAGAGUGGCUUGUCAAUAGCAGCAGAAUACUCAUUUGGGAAGAUGGUAGCUUGGAAAUCAAUAACAUUACAAGGAAUGAUGGAGGUAUCUAUACAUGCUUUGCAGAAAAUAACAGAGGGAAAGCUAAUAGCACUGGAACCCUUGUUAUCACAGAUCCCACGCGAAUUAUAUUGGCCCCAAUUAAUGCCGAUAUCACAGUUGGAGAAAACGCCACCAUGCAGUGUGCUGCGUCCUUUGAUCCUGCCUUGGAUCUCACAUUUGUCUGGUCCUUCAAUGGCUAUGUGAUCGAUUUUAACAAAGAGAAUAUUCACUACCAGAGGAAUUUUAUGCUGGAUUCCAAUGGGGAAUUGCUAAUCCGAAACGCGCAGCUGAAACAUGCUGGAAGGUACACAUGCACUGCCCAGACAAUUGUGGACAAUUCUUCAGCUUCAGCUGACCUUGUAGUGAGAGGUAAAAACAGAAAAGAUGGAGAGAAAAACAUGGUGGAUUCCUUUCUCCCCGUCUGUGCAAGCCUGCCUCCAACCUGGUGAUCGUUGACACUCACCAUUUCUGUGAAAGACUUUUUUUUUUUCUAACAUAUUAUACUAGAUUUGACUAACUCAAUCUUGUAGCUUCUGCAGUUCUCCCCACCCCCAACCUAGUUCUUAGAGUAUGUUUCCCCUUUUGAAACAUGUAAACAUACUUUGGGCAUAAAUAUUUUUAAAAAUAUAACUAUAAUGCUUCACUAAUACCUUAAAAAUGCCUAGUGAACUAACUCAGUACAUUAUAUAAUGGCCAAGUGAAAGUUUUGUGUUUUCAUGUCCUGUUUUUCUUUGAAAUUAUAUAGCCCAGAAAUUAGCUCAUUAUCUGAAAAAUGUAUGAAGAACUGAUGAAUUGUAUAAUACAGGAGUAUUGCCAUUGAAUGUACUGUUUGAUUUAUUCAAGCAGGUAAUGAACAAUGUUGUCAAACUCUCUAAUGAGACAUCAUAAUUAGGACAUAAGCUAAAAGGGGCAUUACUCCAGCAGUCUUUUUUUCUUAAUCCUAGUACCAUACAUAUUCUUUGGCAUGAAAGAAUGAAAAGCAUUAGUAAACAACUGAAGUCCUACCAUGGCUCUGUAGGGUUUUUGGAACAAUUCCUGGAAUUGGAAAGUGAAAAUGGAUAGCAUGUGGAGGAAACCCUCAUCUGAGUAGCAAGAUUUUAGUAAAGAUGACUAAGCCAUUAACAGCAUGCAUUCAUAUUUAAUUUUAUUGACUCCUGCCAUCAGCUUUUGUAGAUCUUUUGGGUGGAAGGUUGUGAUUUUUACUGGGAGGACUUGAGUAGAAGUGGACGAUUAAAAUUGAGGAGUAUAUAAUUCUUUCUGGGAUUGCUUAAAUGUUAUUGUUUGAAAAUGCCUUCACUUUCCCCAUUUGGUCAAAGAGAUGUGCUUAAAAUUCUUAUUCCUUCACAAUAAAUAAUUUUGACUUUCUUAGACAGGUUUGUGUUUAGGUAUGAGUUUCUCUUUUACUUCAUCUAGCAAUUCUCUCUGUGGUCAGAAGAACUCUGAAGAAAGCUUUGAGGGAAAUGAAUAUAACUCUUAAAUUAUUAUAUGUGUGUGUAUAUAUAUAGUUUAACUUUAAAAAUAAUUUAUUAGUCAUCAUAAAGAAAUAAAUGUCUCUGGCUCAAGAUGUUACUUAUUUCCUUCUUUUAUAUUUUCUAGUCUCAAUUACUGUUCCAAAAGGAGCUAUCCUAGAAUUUAGACUAGAGAUCCAGAUUAAUUGCCAUUUUUGUAAGAUGUUUAAAAUCAAUUUGAGAAUUUUCAUGUGUCUGUAAACAGCACCAUGGAGACAUGUAUGAAUCGUAUUAAGGGCAUCUUUCUAUGUAGUCCAUACUGAAAUUAUACAACCAAGACCAGAUAGGAAUAUUUUUUAUUUUAUUUUAUUUUAUUAUUACACUUUAAGUUUUAGGGUACAUGUGCACAAUGUGCAGGUUAGUUACAUAUGUAUACAUGUGCCAUGCUGGUGUGCUGCACCCAUUAACUCAUCAUUUAGCAUUAAGUAUUUUGUUUUUUAAAGAAAUAAUAAAAAUUCUAAAGGAAAUCAUAGGACAGAUGUGACUUGUACCAGAAAGGGAAGGACAACCUUAAACUAUAUCAAUAUCAAGUAGAAGAAUUAUACAGGUUCAUUUAUCUUCCUUUAGUCUUGUUCUUAUUUCUAACUGGGAUCUAAAUUUACCUUUAUCAAUAUCAGAGGUUAAGAAAAUUACCAUAUUCCUAUUAAAUGGUAGAGAUAUUUAAUAAGAUUCAGCUUCAUCUUAGUACAACUUCAAACAUCAACAUGAUCGGAAAACAUUGAUUUAUAUUUUAAAAUAGGAUAUUGGAGCCAUUGUCUUAGAUAAUUUUCAAGGCAAGAACAGGCCUGCAAUAAAUAAUGAGACUUUGACAUUCCUUGGUGAAGAAGAUGUCUCCUGCCCUAAUAUGACUGUCACUCAGCAGUUUCAAUUUUAUGUUUACUUGAUUUAAAAAGGGAAGAUAAAUUGUUCUGAAAAGUUUUUUGUUUCCUUAACAUUUCAAAGUUUUCAUUGAAAUUUGUUGUUUUGGUAAAAAUAAACAGUUAACCACAGAAUAUUUGUACGUGGUGCUUUGCUUUUAAUUACUUACUAGGGAAUUACCAGUGGAAAAAAGAAUGUCACGAGUGUUUUUCCUACUUACACCAGUUCUGCAGCAUGAAUAUUUAUAUUAAAUGUAUGUGCUAUAUGAAUACCCCAAAGAAUCAGUGGUUUUGGGGGGUUUAUUUCCAACUAUAGUUGUUUAGAAAGCCAGUGUUUAAGAGGGAGAGAGCAGGUUAGGGCUACUAUCUAAGUAGUGGCACCAACUCAAAUGAUACGUGGGGUGUAGUCACAGCUACUUUACAUCCUGUUUAUAAAUUGAGACACGAGGAUCUUCAUUUCUAGUCUUCUAUCCAAUUUGAUUUAUCAAAAAAAUGAAUCUUGAUUAUUGAUUAAGAAAAUAUGGUCAGCUUAUAAUGUGUGAAUGGUCAUUUGGAAAAUUUAUAUAUUGUUUUCUCACUAUCUUUCCUCAAAUGUCUAAAUUCCUCUUCAUUGAAUGUUACUACAUUUUUAAAGCAGAAAUGACAGAACUGAUUAACUAUAUUUCUCCUCAUUUUUAAAAAUUAGUUUACAUGUGAAUGAGAACUGAGUAAAAAUCAAAUCUAUAUUUUGUUCAUACAUAGGUAUGAUUUUCUAAAAACAUUUGUAAAAUCCAGGAAAGAUUACCAAAUAUAUUUAUAGCAAUCAAUAAAGAGUGGGAAUGUAUUGAAUAUGAAUUUAUAAAUGGAUGAUGUGUUUAUCUUUACUUAUCUGAGUUAACACUGAAACAAAGAUUUAAAAAGGCAUGAUUGGCCAGGCAUGAUGGUACACACCUGUAAUCCCAGCACUUUGGGAGACUGAGAUGGGUGGAUCACAUAAGCCCAGGAGCUCAAGGCCAGCCCAGGCAACGCGGUGAAACCUCAUCUCCAUAAAAAUAAAAAAUAAAAAUAAAAAAUAAAAAAAGCUAUGAUCAGUAUGUUACAGUUUUUGUCAUAUUUUCCAAAAUAUUCACUUGUAUACAAGUAAUUCAUAUUCUCCCCAAAAAGAAAGGUCAGCAACGGAAACCUAAUAACAUUUUUGAAUGUGAUACUGACAAUGCUGUUUUAAAAAUAUUGUUUUUAGGAUAGUUGUUGAAAAUUUGGUCUCAUGGCAAAUUGAUUAGGUUCAGAUUCUAACUUUGACAUUUACUUGCUGGGUGAACGUGGCCAUUUUAUUUAACCUAUUCCUGUCUGUUUCCUCACCUGUAAAAUAGGAAAAAUAAUAGCACUUACAUCAUAGGGUUAUUGGUAAGAAUUAUAAAAGAUUUGGCAGUGACUUCAAUAUAAGUACUCAGAAAAAAGCAUAAUUUUUAUUAAAAUGUACAAUAUAAAUUUCCCCUUUUUGAAUGACUAAUAAUUUUAUACCAUGUAAAUUUUAUAUUGUUAGCAGUUCAAGUCCAAAGAGAACAAUAGCGUAGACUUGUUGUCAUCCAGGUAAUUACUUGGAAGUCUUUUGCAGACAGGCACAUUUAAGCUGUAUAAUCUAAAUUUGAAAAUAGAUGUUUUCUCAUUUUGAGCGUGUUAUACCAGAAAACCCUGUCUUUGAUCCCAUCUCUGUACUCUGUCGCUGAUUAGCUAUGUAUCUCUGACAACAGCCCUUAUAGACUUCGGUGUCCUUUUGUAAAAUGGAUUUUAUAUAUAUAUAUAUAUAUGUUUUAGUGGACUCUUAAAUGUAUGUGAUCUACCUUAAAUAUUGAAAUGUUUCUAUUAUUUGUCUGUAGUGCAUGAUUUAAUUGUAAAAAUGUUGAAAACAUAAAUUUAGAGAAAGAGAGUAGGGGUGUGGCAAAUGAGACUCUGCAUUGAAUCAUGAAUGACAGGAGAUCAUUCAGGCCGUUUCCCCAGUCCUUUACUAGGUUAAAAAGUGACAGAAACAAGUCUCAGUAGCUGUUCGUAGACUUGUUUUUAGCCAACUUUGAAGAACCCCCAAGGUAAGAAACAUAACACUAACAAGGACUUUGAUAGAUCAUUAUUUUUGUAUGCCCCAUAGGUGAAAUUUUAUGGAACAUUCUCAGUCAGCAUUCUCUAAGAGGGAUUUUUAAAGUGAGAGUGAAAGAAUAUAAUGGGUGCAAAACAAGAAUAGUAAGAGAGGGGGUCAUGCAAAUAGGAAAGAAAGAAUAGUCCAUAGAGGCAGCCACCAUCUGAAGUACAGAAAGGUAGCCCAAAGAAGGGUAGCAAUUUGAACACUAUGAUUUUGAAUGGGAAAAUAAGAAUAAAAAAAAUCAACACUGAAGUUUGUCCUGCCAACUACAAUGAAAGAGGAAUUCAAUCAGCUGGAUAGGCUGAGCACAAUUAGUGGUAUCCACUCUUGAUGACAUCCUGUGAGCAUUUGAAAGAAUCAGGAAACAGAAACAGCAGAAAUAGUAGGGAUAUGAUAUAUGAGCGUAAUAAAAUGUAUUUCAAAAACUCAAGAGCAUGGGGUAGGGGGAGGUGGUGACAAGAGAGGAGUGAAGAUAAAACUGUAUUUAUAAAAGCAUAAAACAAAAAGCAUGCUUUAAAUAACUUUUUAUUCCCUCCUCCAUAUUGUUCUUUUUCUCCUCUUUCACCUCUUUCUAACUCCCCAAUAUUAAUGUUAGUGAGAAAAAUGGAUAAAAAGACUUUGCCAGGUCUAGUCAGAAAUAUAUUUCAGUUCUUUUUCCCCUAACUUCAGAUCUUUAAUAAUUACAGCCAAAGAAAGAAAAAAAAAAAAAACAGAA